AUGGCUAAAUACCGCAUUUAUAACCGCCGUCAGCAGGGUCUCGCCGAGACAGCCCGGUUGAUCCUUGAGAUCAGCGGUGCGGAGUACGAGAAUGUCUACCCUAAGGACUGGGACAAAGAAAAAGGAUCCACUCCGCUUGGACAAUUACCAGUUCUUCAUGUUCAGGAGACUACUGGAGAUUGGGUAUCUAUUGCUGAAAGUCACACCGUGGAGCGUUUCCUCGCCGCAGAUCUUGGCCUCCUCGGAUCAAACCCGAUAGAAGCAGCUGUGUUAGACAUGUAUCAUGCAGCUUGGUGCGAUAUGAUUGCUAUGUUUAUGUGGAAGGUUUGGCGGGUAAACGAUGAGGAUUCAAAGAAACGCGGCGCCGCAGAAUUCUGGGAUUCCUUUCCUAAGUUCCUUGAUACGCACGAAAACAUACUGGCAAGUAGGGGUCCGUUCUAUGGAGGGGAAAAGGCCUCAUUACCCGACAUUUACGCCUUUACCUGGCUGAAUCGUUUCAUAUCUAAGUGGGUUCCGUCUCCUCCUGGCUCUCUGACUGAAGAGAAGUAUCCGCGGUUGUGGGCACUUUGGAGAAGUAUAAGGGAAAAUGAUAGGAUCAAAAGUUAUAUCGAGAGUGGGCGGUGGCAGCUCAAAGAGUAA